CAAAGCCCGCCGUAAUAUGUCCGUUAGUAUACCUUUUUUGGUGUUCCAUGUUUUUUUUUUUUUUUUUUUUUUAAUUGAACCGAUUGUUUUCGUUUUAUAAAACAAAUGGCAGAAGAUAAUAACUGUGUUCAAGAUAUCGAUAUUAUACAAUUGGAUGAAAACAAAAAUUCUUCAAGUAAAUGGGAUAAAAUACCUCAGUCAAAUGAAGGUGUUGAACUAUCACCAUCAACAAAGUGUAUUGUUGAUAUAAAUUGUGUUCCCUUAUGUCAGAACUCGAAUGAAAAUAUUAUAUCAUUCGAGAGUCCUGAAAAAGUAGCUGAUAAUCUGGAAAAGUCUGCUGAUACUGCCUUUAAUUUGAGCUCUCAAUCUAUUAUUGAUACAUGUAAUAACAGCUUCAGUUCGAAAUGUGAAUUGCUAAAUAUUGACAAUAACACGUCGCAAAAUGCAGAAAAUGUGAAAUUAAUUGACUUUACAGAUACCAAUUUAAAUGAAUUUAAUAAUAGUUUGGGAACUGUGUUUUCUAAUAUAAGUAGUGAUCAAGAUAACACUAAUUUCAAAGAAGAGGACUUUCAUGAUGCUGUCCAAUUCUUCAAAGAUCCUUCCUCUUUCAAUUUUCUAGAGAACGUUGGAACUUCUGAAAAAUGUGAUCCAUCUAUUCCACGGUCAUCUUUGUAUGUCAAAUUUGAUCCUUUGCUUUCAAACUCUUCUAAUCAGAUGUUAAAUAAACCGAGUGGACUGCCAGAUAUCAAUGAAAGUGUACCUGAACAAGAUUCCUUGCAUGAAGAUUUGGAGGAGAAAAAAUUAUCAUCUGUUAACAAACCUGUAGAUACUUUAUCACUUAGGGAGUCUCUAGGUAAUAUUCUGAUCUCAUUCGAUUCUCCAAUGAAGAUAAGCAAAGCUGAAAAACAAGAAAUUCCUGGAACAAGUCAACCACCAAAAUUGUAUACUGAGGAAGAUUUUCAGAAAGCUGUUAAGAUUUGUGAACUACAAUUUCAAGAAAUGUAUCUAAAAAGGCAGAAAGAACUGGAUGAAAAAAUAACAAAGAAAACAGAAGAGAUGGAUUUGAAAUUUGAAAAAUUAAGUAAACUUUGCACUGCUUUUCAUCAAGUAUUGAGUACAUUUUCUGAUUUAACUCUGUCUCUGUCUGAAAAGCAUAAAGAAUUAUGUGGAAAUUUUGCAAAAAAAGAAAUUGAAAAUGAAAAUUUGAAAGAGGAGCUCAAGACUUCAGCUGAAGACCUUCAAAGUGUUGAAACAACAUUUUCUGACUUUCAUAAACGUUAUGAACAGUGUAAGAGUAUGUUGAAAACAUAUAAAGAUAAUGAAGAACACUUAAAGCAAGAGCUUGAAAAUAUGCAAAUAAAGUUAGAAAAACAAGAAGAAAAGUGUAUGUUGCUCCAAAAGCAGAUGCAGGAAAUUGAAGAGAAAGCCAAUGUUGAGGUUGCCCAAGCAAAAAAAUGCAGUGAAGCACAGAUAGUUGUGUUACAAGCUCAGCUAAAAAAAGCUGAAUUAAAGAUAUCAAGUUUGGAAAGUGAUUGUAAACAAAGAGAAAGUGAGAGUUCUAAACUCCGCAGUAUUUGUGAUGAUCUUAUUGCCAAAGUUGGUGAAACUUAGUUUUACAUUUAAUUAUGUAUAAAUAGUGUAAAAUUAGAAUUUUCUGUAUUUAAGUUUUUGGAUCUUCUGACCGUCCACUUAGGACUGUCCAUUCUUUAAACCUAAUAAUUACAAAUAUUUAUAGAGAUCUAUUUUGCUAUUUAAAAGUUAAAUAGUUUUUUAACUUAUGCUUUUAAGGGAAUAAAAUUUUUUUAUGUAUUUGUACUAUCAGAUCUAAAAUAAUUUUUCUGAAUUAGUAAUUAUCAUAUAUUAAAAAUUUAAUUUAAUAGAGAGUACUCACAUAUGUUAUUAUAAUUAUUACUGAAAAAGCUAUCUAACUGAAUUUUUAUCCCUGCAGUAGUAUUUUUUAAACUAGUUUUUCUUUUAUUAAACUUAAUUAUAUGUUUUUCAAACUGCUUAUCUUGCAUUCAAACUUUCCCACAUUUUUUUGAAAAUGUGUUUAAGUAUUGUAUGAUAUGGCUCAAUAAUAUGUAUUGUUCUUAAUAUCAUUGAUGAGUGAGAAUAUCUUGAAUUAACAUUUUAUUAAUUCAAAUAUAAAUUUUAUCAAUGGAUGUCUAACAUCAGAAAAUUAAAAAACUAAGAAUUGCAAUGAAAAUCCAACUGAAAUCCCAUUUCAUAAUUUUAAUGAUAUAAGACUUGCAGCAGGCAAUGGCAGUGAAAUUUUGCAUCGUAAUUAUUAGUUUAUUGUACAUUGGAAGAUAUGAUUUCUGAAAGAAAUAGCCAGUUAUCUCCAAAAUUUUAAUUUACUGUGAGAAAAUUAUUACAUAACACGUAUUAAGGAGAUUUAUAAGUGCACAGGUUAUGUCAGCUUGGUUUGACUCAAGCUGGUAUUAACAUAAAAAAUUGUGAUUGCAGACAUUAUUUAAAUAAAUGUGUUCCACCUUUUAUACUCUAUAGACUUCCUAGAUAUAUGUAUGCAUAACUGCACACUCUUCUGGUUCAUAAUUUUUAGCUUUUAUCAAGGAAAAUGUUUUUGAGCAAUAAAUAAAAUUUAAUUAAUGAAAAUUAAAAUUAUGCAUAUUCUGUCUCCCCUGUCUGGUGAUUUUUCAGCUUAAUUUUUCGUAUUAAAUUUUAUUUGAUCUAAAA